AGUUAAGCUAUAUUGGCUUUUCCACUACCCUCAAUAAUAAUUCUUGGGAACCACUAAAGCAAAAACUCCAAAAGAGCCAAAAGGGCAAAAAGAAAAGAAGAAGAAUACUCACAAGGCUCUUUCUUUGUUUUUGUUCUGCUUAGGAUUUCAGGAAAGAAAAUACAUAGAAAAAAGGGAAAACCCUUAGUUUCAGAAUUGUUAAUUUGAUUCAAAUUGAUCCAUUGAUUGUUAAAAGAUCGAUUCUUUUUUUGAUUGAAAUUUAAUUAGGGAAAGAAAAAAAAAAGAUGGUUUCUGCAAAUAAGGAAAUGGUUGUGUACUGUUUUGAUACAUUGGUAGCUCACUACAAUAAGGAACAACCUCCACCACCUGCUUUUGAUGAGGGUGAACACCCGUUGUUUGUGACUUGGAAGAAAGUGGUGAAUGGCGGGGAGCCUCGUUUAAGAGGAUGCAUCGGCACUCUGGAAGCUCGCUGCAUUAUUACUGGUUUUAGGGAUUAUGCUCUAACAAGUGCUCUCAGGGACCGUCGUUUUCCCCCAAUACAGGCUAAAGAGUUACCUACUUUACAAUGUACAGUUUCAAUUCUCGCUAAUUAUGAAACUGCAGCUAACUACCUUGACUGGGAGGUAGGAAAGCAUGGGAUAAUUAUUGAAUUUACUGACCCUGACUAUAACACAAGGAGAAAUGCCACAUACCUACCUGAGGUGGCGGCUCAUGAAGGUUGGACCGUUACAGAAGCAAUUGAUUCGUUGAUACGCAAAGCAGGUUAUAAUGGACCUAUAACAGAAUCACUAAGGAAGCGAAUCCGCUUAACUCGAUACCAGAGCACAUUAUUUACUCUGCAGUACAAUGAAUAUGUGGCAUAUGUGAAGAAUACCAGAGGUCUCUCUCCAGCUAUUAACGGUGUGAAACCUUGAAAGUAUGGAUUGUUUGGAAGAGUCUUCCACCGAGACCAGUAGAUUAUUUUGGUUGACUGGAAGAUGAACCAUUCUAAAUUCAUGGUUGGAAUACUUUGUUAUAGAUUCCAACCUUCUCAUGUGAUUCUUGUCAUAAAUGUCUUACAUUGUUCUUCAAGACUGAAGCUAAAUUCAUUUAGUGCCAAGUGCACCCAAAAAAAUUGGAUUUCAACAAUUCCUUUGAAAAAGCUGCAUUUGUGGCUGUGUGGUUAUAAUAUAAUUGUCUGCUUUCUGUGUUUAAAAA